CAAGUAUUCCUCAUCCAUCAUCCGCGCCGAAUCAGCACAGCACGACUCUGUCGACCCUCGCAUGGCUCGGAUCAAUCCCUAAGCACGUUGAGCUGUCCCACGCAGCGCAUUUUAUCGCCCUUGCCCGACCCUCGGACGCAUACACCGUCUCUGCAUCCUCCUACCUUUCUCAUGCCUGUAGCGACCUCAGCCCCGACUGCCUCUCCGCGUCCGUCCACCUUGGCCAAGAUGGAGGACAGGAAGAGACCCCCCAUCAGCACCGCCGAGGACCUCGCUCCUCCGAGCAAGCGACAUCAAUCCGUCAAUGGAAGCAAGUCCAAGGGCGAUAGUGGCGACCACGCCGAGGAACACUGGAUCGAGAACUACCAAAAGGGCGCCAUUUACCGGCAACUUUUAGAAACAAAAAGGGAAAAGCAAGAGUUUGAGUCACGCGUCGAGCAAUUGCAAAAGAAUAUUGUGUAUCGCGAGGAUCAUAUCCGCAUCAUUGAAGUAUGGUGGAAGCAGGUUCUAGAGGAGAUGGAGCAGCUCGUGGACCCUGCAACACCACCCUCCGGCCCAACAAACCCUCCGUACAUUACCAGCACGCACUUUAAAGAUAACGACGAGUUCCAAAGGCAUCUUGAUGAGACAGCCUCUGAUAUUAAGAAGCGAGCCGAAGCUGUGCUCAAUCGCAUCGCAAACGCCAGGGGAGAAAUUACGCCAAAUAUUGCUGACCUUGAGACUCGCGUCAACAGCCUGCUUGCGCAGCAAAAGGAUUAUCUGGUCAAGUUGGACCGUGCACAGCAAGAGAACGAGCAGCUAUCAGAAGACCUCAACAAGGCCAGCCUUCGCUUCUUCAAGGCCGAAAAGCGCAUGGACAGAUUGAAGAGCGCGCAGGUCCAGAAGCUCGAGCAGCAGUUCAUCGCCAGCGCCAAGCCGACAAUCGCAACAGGGGAGAACGGACAGGAUGCCGCCGAGGCAAACGGUAACGCUGCCGAGGCACUGCUCAAGUUUGAGGAGGCGUCGGCGGUCGUCAACAAGCAGAAGGAGCAGCUGGAAUCUGCACAAGCCGAUAUCAAGACCCUGCAGGAGGAGAAUUCGGCGCUAAAGGCACGACGCGAAGGCCUCACCGACGAAGAUUUCAUCCGGACCGACGUGUUCAAGCAGUUCAAGAACCAGAACGAAGACUUGAUCAAGCGCGUCAACCACCUGGAGGCCACGAACAAGCAGUUGCGAGAAGAGGCCGAAAAGCUGCACUCGGAGCGGACGGCCUUCCGGACCAAGCUCCACGACGAGGCGCAGACGAUAACAUCGGACCUGGAGCGCCAAGUCGAGGAGCGCGACGCAGACCUCACACGAAUCCGCGCCGCCCGGGACGAGUGGUACGCCAAGGCCAACAUGCUGGAAACCCGAGAAAAGGAGGAGAAGCAGGCGCUGCAGCAUCUCAAGGAGCUCACGGGUGCCCAGGAGGACCGAAUUGCAUCCUUGGAAUUGGAGCUGCAGCGUCUGAAGCCCGAAGACCAGCCGAUGGCGGACCCCGACCCCGAAUUGGAGAGCAUGCCCGCAGAUGAACUUAUUUCAAAGUACAAGAAGCUGCAGCAAGAUUUCGAGUCCAUCAACAAGGAGUUGCCCGCUCUCCAGCAGGCGUACAAGCGAUCGAUGGGUCUCGCACAAAAGAAGGUGAUGGAGUACACGGUUCUCGAGGACCGGGCAGCGGCCGCACUCGCCGAGAAGCAAAAGGUCGACCAAAAGUACUUUGCAGUGAAGAAGGAUGCGGACAUGAGAGACCGCGAACUUGGCGUGCUCCGAAGCCAGAACCGCAAGAGUUCCGAGAUUGUUGCGCAGCUCAAGGAGGUGGAGGCGCAAAACCGGAUACUGAUUAGCAACCUGGAGAAGCAGCUCUCGGACCUGAAGCAGGCCAACGCGGCAAUGGCUGCAGAGCACAAGAAGAUGGAGUCGAGCAGUUCCGACGCGGCACGCCGGGUCGAUUCCUACAAGAACCAGAUUGGCGAGUUGACCAGCUUGGUCAAGUCGCGCGACGCCGCCAUGGCUGCGGCCAGGGAGCGCACCACAACCCAGGAGGCGGACGUUGAGCGCCUCAAAGUCCGCGCCGACAUGAUGCAAAAGGAAAAGGACGAAUGGAAACGCAAGGCGUUGAGCAACUCGUCGGAAGAAGAAGAGAUGCUCAGAACCUUUGCACUCUGCACAGUGUGUCGGAACAACUUCAAAGAUACGGCCUUGAAGACGUGCGGGCAUCUUUUCUGUCACCAGUGCGUAGACGACCGGAUCAGCAACCGAAUGCGCAAGUGCCCCAACUGCUCGAGGGCCUUUGACCGGCUGGACGUCAUGUCUGUUCACCACUAGCCGCUGCUGUGCGGCUUACUACCCGACUCGGCUCACGUGUCGGCUGCUGUUUUAAUAUGCUUCAGAGACGUUUGCGCAGCUUGGAGUUUGCUUCCGUGGCAGGGGAUUUCAUGGUAUGAUACCUUUAAGACGCUCGCGAUUGGAAAUGAUGGAUCGUUGUAUUUUUACGUGUAUGGAAGACGGCCUGGACCUCGGAAAAUGUACAUAAUGUCGUGUCCCCCACCUCCCCUUUGGGGCUGAUCACAAACUAGUUAUUGAAGGAGGCGGGCCAGAGGAGCAUGUACGAGACCACGUGGAGGACAGGAUAGACCUAGAGUCGAGCUGGCUCACAUGACGUUCAAAUUACUCUAUGCCUACUUUCAAGUGUACUAUCUCCUGCUGGUCGACCCAAAUCCGGUGCUUUCAUGACGGGUCGAGCUUGAGGAGGAGCUGGUUGACCUCGACGGGCCAGCCCCGUAGGAACCGGAACCGCUGGUCGUGUCACCGCCCCAUCCCGAGCCGUAGUUUUGCUGGUUCCGCGCGCUGUUUCUGCCCUGGUAGUAACCCGCGCCGUAGCCCGCGGCUCCGCCAGCCCCCGCGCCAGUCCAGAAGCCAGGGCGCCAUCCCUGCUGGUUGCUUGAGCUGGAGGGUUUUGUGCCUGGGUAAGGCGGGGGAGGAUCGUCGUCUUGACCGAAGCCGGGGUUCCAUCCGCCUCCGCCACCUCCUCCGGGCCCACCACCGCCGCCUCCACGGCGCCGACCGGUUCCACCAGCCCUUCGAUUUUGAGUGCCGGCCACGCACGCCGAGUAGAGAAUCCAAGCCAGGACGGCGAAGAAGAUAACGCCAAAGACAUAGGCUCCCCAGUCCGUCCCUUCGUCAUCGUCACCACGGCCGCCACCGCCACCGCCACGUCCCUUGCCCAGAUUCGGAUACCGCCUCUCGCCCUUGUCCGUGAGAGCGAGGCGGUACUCGACGCCGCAGCUGCCGCGGAGGACGUAUGGGUCGUCGGCGUUGGCGUAGCCUUCGCACACGACGUCCGUGGACCCGAGCUUGAGCUCCUCGGGCAGGGAGGCGGCGCAGGACCACUGGAUGUCUUCGGGGCCGUAGCCGGCGCCGUUGUUGGUGCAGCGCAUGACGUCGAUGGCGUGGAGGUUGCAGAGGGACGGGUGGGAGAGGCACUUGAGCUGGGGCGCGGCGGGGACGCGGCGGUGGGUUGUCGUUGCGCCGCCGCCGCGGAGGGUGAGGGAUUGGACUUUGGAGAGGAGGAUUGCGUCUUUGGAGGGGGGUUUGGCGGCGGCGGCGGCGAGGCCUGCCAUGCUUAUGAUGAAAGGGUGUGAGAGAUGCAUUUUUUUUUGUGAGUGAUGUGAGAUAUGGAGUGUUGGUGUUGAUGGUGUUGCUUGUUGUAAUGUGACGUCGCUUUCGAGUUUGUCCCGCGUGGUGGCGGGUUGCGUGGUUCGCCGCGAUGGGAGGUAGGCAGACAACUUCGCGGUAGCCCUGGUGGUGAUGAGAAGGUUCGGCUAUAAGCGAGUAAAGACUGAUGUCUGGGUUUGUUAAUAAAACCAGGCAGCAAGGUUUAUCUCCGAAAAGGACAGGUAUGAGGUGAGGCUCAAGUGACCCUCACUGGACCGCCAAGUGACGGUGGCAGCGGUGAUGUGGGAUUGGGUGCUUUUCGGUGAAGAGGGUGGCGCAGCAGUGGCGAGU